GAAGUCAAGUUAUCUACAACUUUGCCAUGAACAAUGUCCACACACAAAAAUUUAUCUGAUACCAAAGAGGUGGUGGUCUAGCAGAAGAAACAGAGGAAACUGAAAAUGGUGCUGUUAGGCUUUCAGCCUUUUAACUGGUACGUACAUGGAGGAAUCAUUGAUAAGAAAAAGAAGAAGAGACAUCUGGUGCGUAUUGUCCAAGCCACUAAAAGAGACGAUUCUUCUUCUUCUUCUUCUUCUUCUUCUUCUUCUUCACAGAGAUUUCGAAUCGAUAGAGAUAAAGCAAGAGAAGCUCUGAAACAGCUUGAUCAACAAAUCGAAUCUCAAGCUGAUGAAAAACCAAGAAUUAUCAUCAAGACAUCACCAGACGUCGUCAGAACCGAUGAUCCAAUCAUGUUUGAAGAACCACCUGAGAUGUCCGGAUCGUUCCUCACAACUUCAGCUUUUGUUCUCUUAGCUCUUACCUUGUUCUACAACAUUUUGUUCAUUACAGUGAUCAAACCAUCAAUGGAUGGACCAGAAUCAGUUCCAGAAGCAAACAGAGUUGCUAUGUCUGAUUCUGACAUUGUCAAGUUUCCACUUUCAUCUUUUCCUGCAAACACUUUCAAACAAUAAAAACUACUAUAGUUCUUGUCUUCACAUCAUAAUUAGUGUAUUUCUUGUAUAUUACAUCUUCACUG